CCUCGAGUGCACGAGGCGUUCGCCGCGCCGCGGAGGGAGAGACGCGGGCGGCGCGCCAUGGCCGCCACGCUGCCGGAGGUCGUGGAGGAGCUCCUGAGCGAGAUGGCCGCCGCCGUGCGGGACGGCGCGAGAAUUCCUGAUGAACACCUGUCAUCGCUGAAGUUUGUGUUUGGGUCAUCAGCCAUCCAGGCCUUGGACUUAGUUGAUCGAGAGUCUGUCACUUUAAUCUCGUCACCCAGUGGAAGACGUGUUUACCAGGUGCUUGGGAGUUCUGGCAAAACCUACACAUGCCUGGCUUCCUGCCACUACUGCUCAUGCCCAGCGUUUGCCUUCUCGGUGUUAAGGAAGGGCGACAGUCUGCUGUGCAAGCAUCUCCUGGCAGUUUAUCUUAGUCGGGUUAUGAGAAACUGCCAGCAGCUCAGUGUGUCAGACAAGCAACUGACAGACCUGUUAUUGAUGGAGAAGACACAAGAAGCAUAAAAGAUGCAGAUGAAACAUCGUCUUUCAAGACAGAAGCCUAUCAGGAAAUUCCCUCAACAUCUCAUGGUUCACAAGGCGGAGGAAUAAGAUACACUUCGGACUUGUUACUGUCACUUCGCCCUCCUAGGUUGCAGAGGGCUCAUGAGUGGUUCAGAGCCCUCCCUUUAUGAUCUUAACAUGAACCAGCCUCUGAGCGCCACAGGUAAAAUGUCCCUGGGUACAAUUCGAUAUUGUUGACUAAAAUAAAGCCGGAUACCAUGUGGUGUCUGUAACUAGA